AUGCUCAAAUUUUAUUUCAAUAGAUUAACUCGUGUACAGAAUAUGAGUGUUUUUAUUCAAUGUUUAAAUCCUCUAACUGGAACUAAUAAUUGGGAGGAAAAAGAUGAAAAUUAUGAUUAUCACCAAGAAGUUGCUAGAUCAGCAUUUGCUGAUAUGUUGCAUGAUAUUGAAAGAAAUCAAACAUACUAUCUAGGUAUUAAAAGCGCAAUUGAAAAGAAGCACCAAAAUGGAGAAAAAGCUAAUGUACUUGACAUAGGUACUGGAACUGGUUUAUUAUCAAUGAUGGCUGCUAAAUGUGGAGCAGAUACUAUAACAGCUUGUGAAGCUUUUACACCAAUGGCUAAAUGUGCGAUAAAAAUAAUCCAAGAAAAUGGAUUUGAGGAUAAAAUUAAGUUAGUACACAAGCGUUCUACAGAAAUGACUGUUGGGAAGGAUGGUGAUAUGGUCAAAAAAGCAAAUAUUUUAGUUACCGAAGUAUUUGAUACAGAACUUAUUGGAGAAGGAGCACUUUCUACAUUUCGUCAUGCUCAUGAAAAUCUACUUGAAGAAAAUAGUAUUGUAGUUCCACAUACUGCUACUAUUUGGGUACAAGUAGUGGAGAGUUCCACUGUAUGUGCAUGGAAUACAAUACAUCCUAUUCAAAAUAAAAACAAAUGUUUAUUAAAUAUACCAUAUUCUGUAAAAUCUUGUUCUGGUGCAGCUGCAGUACAUGAUAUACAGUUAACACAAUUUCCUGACAAUGCAUUUAAACCUUUAUUACCACCUCAACCAAUAUUUAGGUUUGAUCUAUCUGGUAAGUCAACUUUAUUAUAUGAUGAAAAAAAAUGUUUACAUGUAAAACCAACUGUAAAUGGUACUGCACAUGCUAUUUUUAUGUGGUGGGAUUUGGUCAUGGAUAUAAAUAACGAGGUUUUAUUAAGUUGUGCUCCAGUGUGGGAACAUCCAGAUACAAAGACUUUACAGAAUAAAGGUUUCAGUAUGAAAGUGAUAGCAAAUGCAAUGCCCUGGAGAGAUCAUUGGAUGCAAGCUAUUUACUAUUUACCUGUUGAAACAUCAAUUGCUGCUAACAAUGAAAUUAGUUUGAUUGGAUAUCACGAUGAAUAUUCAUUAUGGUUUCAAUUAAUAAAUGAAUCAAUAAAUGAAGUACCAGAUUGUAAAAGACCUGUUUGUACUUGUAAUAUUCAUGUAGCUUAUUGUAGGACUCGUAUAGGUCAAUUAAAUGAUUAUACACGAAAUGAGAAAUAUAUUAAGGCUUUAGAAAAAAAAAUUACGUCGGAUACUGUGUGUUUAUGUCUUUCAGACGGUUGUUUAUUAGGUCUUGCAGCUAUUAAAUUAGGCGCGAAAAAAAUAUUCAUUUUAGAAACGAACCUUUUAUCCAGGAAAUGUAUCGAAAUGUUUGUCAAAACAAAUGAUCUUUCAGAAAAAGUAGAAGUUAUUGAAUCAGUAAAUAAUUUGCCUCCUGAAAGUGCAAUUAAUUUAAUUUUUGGUGAACCAUAUUUUAUUACUUCAAUUGUACCAUGGGAAAAUCUUCAUUUUUGGUAUUUGGUUUCAAGAUAUUCAUCUCAAAUACAAAGGAUUCCAAUUGCAGCAACUAUAAUGGGCAUUGUAGUUGAAUUUAAAGACUUACAUAAAAUACGAGAACCUGUUGGAGUCUGUGAGGGUUUUGAUUUAUCUAUUUUCGACAAACUUAUACAAGCAUCAAGCGAUAAAAGUGAUAGUCCUAUAGAAGCUCAACCAUUAUGGGAAUAUCCUGCAAAAGCAUUAACUUUACCUUUUGUUAUUAAGAAAUUUAAUUUAACACAAAAUGUGUAUGAAAGUGAAAAUGUAAAUAUUUCAGAAACUGUGCCAAUUUUAAUAGAGGGAACAUGUAAUGGUGUAGCUUUAUGGGUCGACUGGCAACUGAACUCUGAAAUCACGGUAUCAUCAGGACCUACUAUAGAAGUGCACCCCGGAAAGCGGAUAUCAUGGGAUCCAUUUACAAGACAAGGCGUACAUUUAUUUAAAGAUAUAACGCAUGUUACAUUACAAAGUAAUGUUUUAUGGUCAUUUAACUUUAUACCACAAUAUGGAAAUGUUAAAUUUGAUUUUCGUGUAUUGUCAAAAAAUAUGCAAUAA